AUCCCGUGCACGUUAGGUAUCCCUUCCAUCCAGUUAAACACCUAAAAAACAGCAGGUCUUCUCUUCACUUCCUCUCUUCUCCAAUGCUGCUGAUAUGCCUCCGUCAACUCAGUAUGUCCAAAGCUUUAAUUUUUCCUGUUCUAUCCAUUGAAUUACAGGCAGAAAGUGAACUUCAAAGGCGUCAAUGGACGUGCUAUUCGGAUCCAUCGAUGUACGAGAGCUUCUCUCGGUGCAGGAGUUCGACGAAUCAUCUCCCCUAUCAGCUCCAGAUCUCCGCCUUCUCAUCGAUCGACUGCAAGUUCGAUCCCUCCAAAUAAAAGAGAAGGUUCGUGAUUACAUUAUUUCCCACCACAAAGACCUCUCUGUGAUCUUUACCUCUUGCUCUGAAGCUGUUGCGAGGACUGGAGAUAUCUCCGAAGAUGUCUCCAAUGUUAUCCGGCUCAUCUCUGAUCAUCCGAUUGAUAUGGAGAUCAGAGACAUAGUAGAUGAGAUUAAUAGUAAAAGGAAAGAGCUGAAGGAGAAGAAAGAGUUCUUGGCUAUAAUCCAGACUGUGGUAAAUUUAGUAAGGAGAUUAACAUCCGUGAGGGAGGAUUUGAAGGACGGGCGGUUGAUGGAUGCAGCGGGUGCGGUUAGGGAUUUGAAGAAAGCAUUGCCGAUUCACGAUGAGGUGGUUGAGAAGAGGGAGCCAGUGGUUUUUGGUUUGUUGAGGAAAGAGUGGAUGGACUGCUUUGAUGAGGUGCGAGAAGUGCUUCUGGGGCUUUUGGAGGAUAUAAUAAGUUUUGAGCCAGAAAGUGGCAUAGUGAGAGUGAAACUUCAGUUAACUACAGUUGGGACUAAUGCUGUUGAUCUCCGUACGGUUUUGACUUCAAUGGAUGUGGUUGACAUGCUUGAUUAUGGGUUUGCAAGGGUAGCAGACUUGAUGGUUAAAUAUACCAUAGCUCCAAUAGUAAGCAAUGGAUGUCCUGCUGUUUCUGUGGAAGAAUCAGAUCAGGACUCUGGGCAGAUGACUGAGGCGAUUCUCAAACUUGUUCCAUCUUCCAAUUCUCGGGUUGAAUGCAUGGAUGGUGCAGCAAUUUAUUCAGAGAUUCUUCAGGUUAUAAAGUUCAUUUCCAAAUUCAUAUGCUUUGAAAAUGGCCAAUGGAUGCGAUGUUUUGGAAGACUGACGUGGACAAGGAUCUCAGAGCUGGUUAUUUCUAGAUUCCUAUCCAAGGCUGUUCCUAAUGAUGCUUCAAAGCUUGCAGAGUUUCAAAGGAUCAUAAAACUCACAUCUGACUUCGAGACUGGUCUAAAGGAAAUGUUGUUUAUUUCAGCAUCUGAUAGCAAGGAUGAAAAAUUGAGCAAUUUUGCACAAAAUGUGGAGGUUCACUUUGCAAAUAGGAAGAAGACUGAAAUCCUAGCAAAGGCUAGAAAUUUACUACUACAAUGUGAUUUUAUCCUUGCUCCAGAAUAUACAAGAAAGGGUCCUACUUUGAAGGAUGGUGGAAUGGAUGGAAAUGUUGCUCAGCAUGCUGUUGACUUGCUUUUUUAUCCGGAGAGCUGUGUGGUGUCUAAGGCAGCAUCCCAACUUAUGGAAUUAGUGCAUCAAACACUCAAGGAUGUUUGCUUGUCAUCAAAAAGAGUGGCUAUGGAGUUCUAUCAUGCUGCAAGAGAUGCUCUGCUUCUUUACCAAGCUGUUAUACCUGUCAAGUUAGAGAAGCAUCUUGAUAGCAUCAACCAAGUUGCCAUACUUGUGCACAAUGACUGCCUUUAUCUGUCUAAUGAGAUUCUUGGCCUUGCUUUUGAGUAUCGGUCAGAUUUUCCAAGUUCUGUCAAGGAGCAUGCAGUGUUUGUUGAUAUGGCACCAAGUUUCCAUCAGAUGGCAGAAGAUAUACUGCAGAAACAAAUUCAACUAGUUAAUUCUAACUUGACACAGGCUAUUGAUGGUGCUGAUGGAUUCCAGAAUACUCAUCAAAUGCAGCAAUAUGAAUCUGCAAAGUUUAGCAUAGAUCAGGUUGUCUUCAUUCUUGAGAAGGUGCAUAUUAUAUGGGAGCCACUCUUGCUGCCAUCAACUUACAAAAAGAGUAUGUGCAUUGUUCUAGAAUAUGUUUUCUCCAGAAUGAUAAAAGAUGUACUGCUUUUAGAUGAUAUGGCAGCAGAGGAGACACUAGAGCUUCAGAGGCUGAUCCAUUUAACGGUUGAGAGCUUAUCUUCAUUAUUUGAGUCCCUAAUUGCCAUCAAUGAGAAAAAGAAGUCACAAGAGGGAUUCACUUCUGUUCAACUAGAGGAGCUUCUUCCAUCCUUGCGUAAACUCCGCAAAUUGGCAGAUCUAUUAGACAUGCCUUUAAAAUCUAUAACAACAGCUUGGGAAAGUGGAGAACUAGUUAGUUGUGGCUUUACAUCAGCUGAGGUUCAGAAUUUCAUCAAAGCGAUAUUCACAGAUUCACCUCUGAGAAAGGAAUGCUUAUUCAGGAUAGAGUGCAGCAAAUUUUAGGAGUAAAUGUCGUUUUGCUCAGCAAUUCUAGUAUUGAUAUCAUACUCCUGGCUUCACGAUAACCUAACGAAUAGAGGAAAAAUUAUUAAAAGAGAAAAAGAUGAGAAAAGUCUUCACCAUUUGUAAUUCGGCUGUAUCUUUAUUUAUAUACUCUGUACCUUGUAAAUAGGGCAUUUACUUGUAAAAUUUUGGAAAAUAGAGAAAGAUGAGAUGUGAAGUAUUUUUUUGCAACUUCUUAGAACUAUAGAGGUUGUUUCUAGGCCACUGACUGAUCGAUAAUCAAGGCUUUGCAAAGCUUAAAGAUAAUUUUCGUUAUUCAUUUCUUC